AUGCGCCGCGCUGCACUCAACAAGUCCAAGGCCAAGCUUAAGGAUCGACCACGAGACGACCUCCCAGCCGCUCCCACUGCCACUGCCACCGUCGCCGUCGCCGCCUCGUCCGUGACUGCCGUAGAGGCCCUCCUGCGGGAUGAGGGCUUUCAGGCUCACAAUCACGAACUCCUCGAUCCCUCCGUCCCCGUGCCGAACCAAGCUCCCGUGCCUCCGGCUCCGGUCUCCGCCUCGGCCUCCGUCACUGGCCACGACGCCGCCCCCGACCUGCUCUCGCAGCUAGAUCAUGAUCGGCAGCUCCUCGUCCACUCCGUCGCUGAUUCGUCUCAUGCCGCCGUCUCCUCUUCAACGUUGGAUGCGUCUAUGACAGAUGCGUUCCCCGCCGAACUUGACGCCGUCUCCGCUACCGCUGCCGCUACCGCCGCCACCAACACAACUUCUUCCGCCAUUGCGACUUCCGCUCCUCCAACUAACUUUACACCUUCUACCGCCGCCCAUCUACCGCACCAGGACGGCGACGGCGACAACGACCACGUCACCACCACCAUCAGCAACACAUACGCAAACACCUCCCAAUCUGUCGAAUCCGACCACGACGACGAUAUUGAGCUAGACCUGGACGCGUCCUUCCGCCCUCCUACACUCGACGACCUCUACAUCCCCACCAGCAACCCCAACCUCGACCCCGACUACGUUCAUCACUACCACGCGGAGGAUUAUGACCUUGAUAUGAGCGACAGUGACGGCGGUGCUUCUCUUGACGACGACGGCAUCUACGUACCUCAGCUCCAAGCCGACCAUCACUCUCAUCCCGCUCAACCUCAGGAGGACGAUGAUGCCCAGGCUCCCUCCUCUGGUCCAGUCAAUUACCUCUUACACACUUUCUUCAACGUACCCUCCCUAGCAGGCGCCGACAUCGUCAUGGACGCCGCUCCGCCUCCCGGGCCAUGGGCUCCCACGCCCAACAACGCCCCCCUUCCACUACCACAACCUCCUAUGCUAAUCGAACCCCUCGAUCUUGCCCCGAUCAGCAACCCCAAUCCAACAAUGCUGGGGUCCGAAAACCACGGCUUGAUCGACUUCCUCUGGCAUUGGUCGCGCGAGGCACGCAUCGCGCACUCAUAUUCGAUGCGAGCCUAUGCACCUUGUCCCGAGGACAUCCGCCGGCAGGCGCAGAUACACAUGAACGAGGUUCGGUACGACGAUCUCCACGGCGACCAAUAUGAUUUGCAGGGCAUGGAUUGGUAUUCAAUGGGCACUACUCGUCAACACGCCCGCCGAAGGCGCCUCGACACUUACAAGAACUACGUCAACAAGGAGGGAUCUGAUCGGUUGAAUCCUCACAUGACCGAUGUCAGGAUCCCCGCUACGGAUAGUUUCUUCAGAUUCAGGAAGUACCUAGUCCGCCGGGACGUCUACCUAGCUCACUUUCAACUGCGUAGCGUGCUGGCAUGCCCUUCACGCUCACAGGCCUACUACCCCGGCGGCCGAGGAGUCAACCGUAUGAACCCCGUCUCGGGCAAGACCGAGCUCUUCCUCAACAACAGCGAUGUGACGGGCCUCGGAGCUGUCAUCUCUACUCUCGACGCCAAUCACGGAGUCUUGAUGGCGGGCACCUUCAAUGGAGAGUACUACCUCAAGAACUUGUACACUGAGGACAAGAAGGACUACUCUGACGGUCAGAUCACACCGAACCUGGGAGGAAUCACCAACCAUAUUCAGAUCCACAAGCCUCGACGAUCCUCUAGCCCCGUCGCCGCCAUCUCGAGCAACGAUGAAGGGUUCCGUGUCAUGGAUCUCGCAACGGAGAAGUUCCUGCUGCAGACCCGGUAUCGGUUCGCGCUCAACUGCUCCAGCAUCUCUCCUGACGGCCGACUGAGGGCCAUGGUCGGCGACGACUUCAAGGUCAUCAUCUCGGACGCCGACACUGGGCAGAUCCAACAGGAACUGGCUGGGCACCGCGACUUCGGCUUCUCCUGCGACUGGUGUGAUGACGGCUGGACGGUGGCCACUGGCUUCCAGGACAAGGGCGUCAAGAUCUGGGAUGCUCGCCGGUGGUGCGACUCAAGGGGCAUCAGCACGCCUCUCUGCACCAUCAGGUCGGAGAUGGCUGGUGUCAGAAACCUACGUUUCUCGCCAGCCGGCAGUGGUGCAAGAGUCCUUGUGGCAGCCGAGGAAGCUGACUUUGUUAACAUCAUCGACGCCCAGACGUACCACACGAAGCAGACGAUCGACGUCUUUGGCGAGAUUGGAGGCAUCGCCUUCACCAACAGCGGGCAGGACUUAAACGUGCUCGUGAGCGACCGGAGCCGUGGUGGCCUGCUCCAACUCGAGCGAUGCGGCGUAGGACCUGAGCCUUUCUUUAACAACUCGUGGCGAAGGUUUACUGACCGCGAUACUGAUCAGUGGCGCUAUCGAGUUGACGCGAAUGCACAUAAACAUGAGCCUUACCGCCGAAGGCCUACCUCUAUCGACACAGUAGCAAUCUUUUGA